CAUCAAUGAGUCCCCCACAUCGUGCCCGACUCGACGAGUCAUUCGACGUGGCCACCAUCGUCUGGACCUUGAGCAGCGCGCGCUUGCCUCCUUGUCCAGCGACUGCUUGCUGAAGCCCGUGAUCAUCGUAUAUACGAUAGCCUGAAGAUAGCACAGGGGUGCGAGCAAGACCCGAGAUCGGUAUAAAGGGACAACCAGCAGACGACUGAUCGCGCUUUCGCCCCGUCACGUUCACGAAUAGCCAGCAAAAAUGUCCGACGAUACGACGCUCUUGGGUGUGGUGGUUCUGACGCGCCAUGGGGAUCGGCAAGGCUUUUACCAGGACCCUGACUCGUACACCGCGAGCGGGACGGUGAUCACACCGCUGGGGAACCAACAAGAAUACCAACUCGGCCAAAAGCUGCGCGCCCUCUACCUCAACUCCUCCUCGCCCACGAACCUCGCGGGCAUGAGCCACGACGUCGUGAACGCGAGCCAGAUCGCCGCGCGGGCGGAUGCGGGCGGGGAGGGGGGCGUGAUCUACGACUCGGCGGUGUCGUUCAUGCAGGGGCUGUACCCAGACACGACGGCGUAUAAUACGACGUUGGCGAAUGGGACGACGAUCGUGGGGCCGUUGGGGGGUUAUCAGUACAUCCCCAUCGAAUCCGUCGAACCCGACAACGACAUCUCCCUCGAGGGCUGGACGAGCUGCGGCGCAUUCUCCGACUGGACGAACGACUUCUAUAAUUCGAGCGCGUUCCAGCAGGUGGCGUCCGACAACGAUGACUUCCUGAAGUCUCUCCCUCCGUACCUGGAUGGCCGGCCAGUGAGCUUGCAGAAUAUGUGGAACAUCUUCGACUUCAUGAACGUCAACUGGAUCCACAACGAGCAAUUCGCGCAGGUCGUGCCCGAGGAGACCAUUGCGCGGGCUCGGGCUUUGGCCAACUACCACGAAUACGGGGUCUUCACGUCCCCGGACGUAGAUGGGAUUGGGAAUAUCGCCGGCCGGACCGUCCUCCCCAACAUCCUCGACGGCUUCGCGAGCAUCGUGGAUGAGAAGGACGCGACGCAGUUCGUGUACGUCGGCGUCUCGUACAAGCCGUUCCUGUCGCUCUUCAAUAUGACGCAGGCAGCGGAGAUGCAUGGGGAGUUGGAGGCGAUUGUAAACUACGCUGCCGCCGUCGUCUUUGAGGUCCGCGAGACUAGCGACGGAGACCACGUCCUGCGCUUCAACUUCAAGAACGGCACUGACGAAAAUGACUUCACGACUUAUACGAUUCUGGGCCAGGAUGGCGACGUCCCGCUGUCGACUUUCGUCGAUAAGUUGGCGCCCGCCGCCAUCAACACCACCGCCGCCUGGUGCUCCGCCUGCGGCAACACCAAGGACCGCGGGUGCGGCGCACUCACUAAGGCCGCCAACGAAGCCGUCGCCGCCCACAGCGACAAUAUCAGCCCCGUCGGUGCGGGCUUCCUUGGCGCGGGGCUCACGAUCGCGGUCAUGCUGGCGAUGUUCGGCGCGCUGAUGUUUAUGGGGGUGUUGACGUUUGGGAGGAGGGGGAGGAGGCAGCAAGGGAAGGAGGCAAAGGCGGCGAAGGCGUGAAGAUGAUUUGCUUCGAGUGGGUUGUGGGAAACUUGCAAUGUGCUUGUAUGAGAACGAUCGCUACGAAUGGAAAUGACUUGGACAGACGACCUUGUGUGUCCAUCCGCGAGGGACUACGCCCCAUCCUUGACUCAGCAGCGAAGGUGGCAUGGAUAGGCUCUUACCGAUCCCUCUUCACUCUGCUCCUUCACUACCGCUGAUACAGAACCCUGCGUCAUUGGAUCUAUGAGAGCCACCCUAUCGCC